AAACUGACCAGCAAGAAGCAAUUGAACAAAUUGAUGAGGUUCAGAAUGAAAUCGACAAGUUAAAUGAAAAUGCCAGUGAGGAGAUUCUCAAGGUAGAGCAGAAAUACAAUACACUAAGGCAGCCUUACUUCAAGAAGCGGUCAGACAUUAUAGCAAAAAUACCAAACUUCUGGGUGACUGCUUUUGUGAACCAUCCUCAAGUGUCAGCCUUACUAAAUGAAGAUGAUGAGGAAGCACUGCAGUACCUCACAAAGGUCGAAGUUCAGGAGUUUGAGGACAUCAAAUCUGGCUACAGGAUCAAUUUUUACUUUGACACCAAUCCCUAUUUCUCCAACGAUAUCCUCACGAAAGAGUUUCACCUAAAUGAUACUGGUGACCCUUCAUCACAGUCAACCCCCAUCAAGUGGAAGGAAGGAAAGGAUUUAACAAAAAAGGGAAGUGCCAACAAGGGAAAGAAGAGGAGCCAUGACGAUCAAGAGUCAUUCUUCAGCUGGUUUUGUGACCACAGCGAUGCUGGCGCUGACGAGCUCGGUGAGGUGAUCAAGGAUGAUAUCUGGCCUAAUCCUUUACAGUACUACCUGGCUUCCGAAGUCGAUGAAGAAACAGGCGGUGAUGGAGGCGAUGAUGAAGAGCCAGAAGAUGAGGGCAACUUCGAAGAUGAAGAGGAACCUGAUGAG